GUCGCAUACGCGUCACAUAUGUCAGAAAUAAAAUCGGUCAGUGAUGAGUCAGGUUCUGGUAUUUUCCUAAAAUUCAGACGUAUUAUUUAUCUUGGAAAUGGUACUCGGAUGGUUUUAUGAUGCUAUAGCGCGCAUUUUCGGGGACGACAGUAAGGAGGAAGAAUUAGGAGAUCCACUCGAUUUUGAUUCUGGUCCAUUCCUCGACUGUGGCAUUUCUUGGGUUUACACCUUCAAAAAGUUGCUUCUACCGCGAGAGUUUCGCCCUAACAAGAAAAUUUGUCCAUCAAGAUGCCGGAUGGAUUGUGGGAAAAGUAAGCGUGUCAAAGACGAAUUCACAUGUAAAACUUGACACUGUGGAAAUAAUCGUACUUAUGUGAAACGUAUACUUCUGUAGACUGUCUACGAUAAAAUAAACUUUAUACGAAA